AUGAGGAAAAGCUGUCGCUUAGCUCGGGAAGUCCUUGACAUCGCCGGUGCCAUCGCUAAACCUGGUGUCACGACUGACUACAUUGAUGAAGUAGUUCACCAGGCCUGUAUUGAGAGAAAUUCUUAUCCGUCCCCAUUGAACUACAACCACUUCCCCAAAUCAUGCUGUACCUCCGUAAACGAAGUCAUUUGCCACGGAAUUCCCGACCAGCGGGUUCUCAUUGACGGAGACAUUCUCAAUAUCGAUAUUUCUCUCUUCCACGAAGGCUACCACGCGGAUCUGAACGAGACAUAUUACAUCGGCGAUAAGGCCAAGACGGACCCAGACAGUGUGCGAGUCGUUGAAGCAGCUCGCGAAUGCCUCGAAGAAGCCAUCAAAGCCGUCAAACCUGGCGUCCUGAUCCGCGAGUUUGGCAACAUCAUUGAAAAGCAUGCGAAAAAGAAAAAUUGCAGUGUCAUCAGAACUUACUGCGGACACGGCAUCAAUAAGCUCUUCCACUGUGCCCCCAAUGUGCCUCACUAUGCCAAAAACAAGGCUAUUGGCGAAUGUAAACCAGGCAUGACUUUUACCAUUGAACCGAUGAUUGCGCUCGGCAAGUAUCGAGAUAUCACCUGGCCGGAUAAUUGGACUAGCACAACCAUCGAUGGGAAACGAACUGCUCAAUUUGAGCAUACUCUCUUAGUUACUGACGACGGUGUUGAAGUAUUAACGGCGAGGAGGGAGGACUCGCCAGGUGGUCCAUUACCCAUGCCAGAACCUGAAGUUCCAAAUGGCAAUGCGGAUGCUUGA